GCUACGAAAAUCCGACUGCGCUGGUGGUUUGGGAGGCCCAGUUUGGCGACUUCGCAAACACGGCUCAGGUGAUGACGGAUCAGUUCAUCUCUGCUGGAGAGCACAAGUGGCUUCAGCAAACUGGCCUUGUCAUGCUCUUGCCCCACGGCUACAUGGGCCAGGGCGCAGAGCACAGCUCCUGUCGAAUUGAGAGAUUCCUGCAGAGCAGUGACGACGACGAGGACGACAUCCCGGAUUUCAAGGACGGCUUCGGAAGGCGCCAAGCGCAGAAGGCCAACUGGCAGGUCAUGAACCUCUCCACUCCCGCGAACUACUUCCAUGCCCUGCGUCGGCAACAGCAUCGGGAUUUCAGGAAGCCGAUGGUUGUAGCCUCACCGAAGAAUCUGUUCCGCCUGCGCCAGUGCGUGAGCCCCAUUUCUGACAUGGAGGCAGACACGCGAUUUCAGCGCCUCAUCGGCGAGAGAGACCCGGAGAUUGCUGGCAACCCGGACAAGGUGGAGCGUCUGAUCUUCUGUAGCGGAAAGAUCUACUACGAGCUGGUGGCCGAGCGAGAGAGGCUCGGCCUGAAGAAUGUGGCCAUCGUCACCAUCGAGCAGCUCGCUCCCUUCCCCUUCGACCGGGUGAAGCAGGUCAUGGCAACCUACAAAAACGUGGAUGCUGGAGAUGGCGUUCAUCCCGGGCAGUUCGUGUGGUGCCAGGCCACGUGUAAAGAUGAAGAAGGAUGCAGCGACAUCUUGUCUCCGUAUGUCCUGGAGCCAGGUCCCCUCUCCGCGCUGCACUGGGGAUUCCUUCCUGAAGGAAUGCCCGGGCUGCGGGAAGCAAAUGUUGUCGCACAGCCUGCGCUACCAUCAGAGCAGGCAAAGAACCCCUCCUAUCCGAAGCUUUGGGCCCCCAGAGGUGCCCAGCAGCUGCGACCACACAGGCAAAGCCCUCUUGACACCUCGCCCACGGUCGGCCUCGCCGAGCUCUUCGCCGAACUCCAGCCGCCGCCAGUCCUGGGCAGACGUCACGCCUCCGCGGUCUGCCCGCGGCCCUUGCACCGUGCAGUGCCAGCGAUGUGGGAUAUGCUUCCAAGCCCGGUCGCGCGUCCCUCCUGCCACGCCCCGUCGCCGACGGAGAAGUGCCCUUCCUGUCAUCGCUAUGUGGCAUGCAGUGGCCUCCAGGCCCAUGUCCAGCGCUGCCAGAAGUUGAGCCGGCGCUUCGAGGAGAUGCAGAGACAUCCGACGCUUUUAGGAUCCCGAGCUUCGAGUGACAAAGCCUCCGCCACGCCGAAGACCUCGUCGCAAGCGCAAAGCUGA